CCUCGCUGCAGACUGUGUCCUGCGAGAACUGGCACCAAACUGAAGCAUCCAUGGAGUGCUCAGUCCUCUCGCAACAUCCACAACAACACUUCGGUCCGAAGUAAUAUAGAAGACAACAUCGCAACCGACGCAAGAUAGAACAACAACAUUUUCUUUCGCCCAUCUCUUUCGUUGUGUAACUUUCCGAAACCCUCUUUCUCCCGGCUUCCCUCCACGUUCACUUUCUGGUACCCCAGAAGCCUUGUCGCCGUAAAAACGUAUCCAUGGAUGGGAUGUCUGUUGGCAUGAUGCCCGGGACCGUCCGGGUGCGAUGUGGGCCGCUUCAAGUGAUGCUGAACCAGCAGAAAACCAAAGCUCGGCGGAAAAAGCGAAAGGAUUUGCUCGGUGUGCAGAUGUGCUUCAUUGGUGUGCUGCUCAUGCUUGUAAUGGGGCUCUCGUGUUUGGCGGAGAAAGCAGGAUAUGACCUCUCAAGCAUUACUACUGAGGAGGGCGCCGGGUGGGAGACUCGAAGGCUACUACAGGAAUCCUGGGACAAUGAGACAGACCCUCUGUUGGGCCCCCCGUCCAAAAACUGCACUGAGCCAGCGCUACAUGAGUUCCCCACAGACCUGUUCACCAACAAGGAGCGGACAGAGGGAGCGGUGGCCUUACAUGUCCUAUUUGCAAUGUACAUGUUCUAUGCACUGGCCCUAGUGUGUGAUGACUACUUUGUUCCGUCUCUGGAGAAGAUAUGCGAGCGUCUUCAUCUUAGUGAGGAUGUGGCAGGUGCAACCUUCAUGGCGGCCGGCAGCUCAGCUCCUGAACUCUUCACCUCUGUCAUCGGUGUGUUUAUCACUAAAGGGGAUGUGGGGGUGGGCACGAUUGUGGGCUCCGCUGUCUUCAAUAUCCUCUGCAUUAUCGGAGUGUGUGGAAUCUUUGCUGGCCAGGCGGUGCAUCUGUCUCGUUGGUCUCUUCUGAGAGACUCCGUGUACUACACCCUGUCCAUCGCUGCUCUCAUAGUGUUCAUAUAUGAUGAAAAGGUUUCGUGGUGGGAGUCUCUGACACUGGUUCUGAUGUAUUUUGGCUACAUUUUGAUAAUGAAGUUUAACUCGAACAUUGUGCGCUUCCUGGAGAGGCGGAAGAAGAACUCGUCCAGCCUGGGGAAUGGCACAGCCAGUAACGCCGACCUGGAUGAUAAUUGUGAUGCCACCGCUGUCCUGCUGAAGAAAGCUAACUUACACAGAAAGCAGUCAGUGUUGAUGGUAGAUGAGUUGCUGUCAGCCUACCCCCACCAGCUGUCCUUCUCUGAUGCCGGCAUGAGGAUCAUGAUCACCAGCCACUUCUCCCCUCGCACCCGCCUCACCAUGGCCUCACGCAUGCUCAUCACUGAGAGACAGCGUCUGAUUAGCACCCGGCCGUUCACGAACGGAGACUCGGAGAUCACGGUGAAAGUCGGCGGUAGGCGGGGCCUGGAGAAUGGACUGGGCGGGCCCGAAAGGGGCGUCAAUGGUCGCCGUGGUCACCAUGGAGAGGACGACAGGGGAGGGGUGGAGUCUGGCAACGAGACGGAAAACGAGAACGAAGACCAUGAGAAUAAUGAGAAUGAUGAGGAAGAGGAGGAGGAGGAAGAAGGGGAGGGACCUUUCAUACCCUUUCAUGCCCCAGCUGGGUGCUGUAAUAAGAUCAAGUGGCUGUUGGCCUGGCCUCUGUGCCUGCUCUUGUUCUUCACGGUGCCUAACUGUGCCACCCCUCGCUGGGAGAGAUGGUUCAUGGUCUCCUUCGUCAACUCCACCCUCUGGAUUGCUGGCUUUUCCUAUGUCAUGGUCUGGAUGGUGACAGUGAUCGGGUUUACUCUGGGUAUCCCUGAUGUUAUCAUGGGCAUCACCUUCCUGGCAGCUGGCACCAGUGUCCCUGAUUGCAUGGCCAGUCUUAUAGUGGCACGGCAAGGUCUCGGGGACAUGGCUGUGUCUAACUCUAUAGGCAGUAAUGUGUUUGAUAUCCUUAUUGGACUGGGACUACCCUGGGCCCUGCAGACCCUCGCCAUCAACUACGGCUCCUACAUUCAACUGAACAGCAAAGGGCUCAUCUUCUCUGUGGGACUUCUGUUGGGGUCUGUGUUCCUCACGGUCCUGGGGGUACAUCUGAACGGGUGGAAACUGGACCGUCGUCUGGGCCUAGUGUGUCUGUUCAUGUACUCCAUCUUUCUCUGCUUCUCCAUACUCAUAGAGUACAACAUCUUCACUUUCGUCAACCUGCCCACCUGCAGAGACCGCUGAGGCUCGUUUCUCUCUCCUCUUUCUCCUCUCUGUCGCCCCCUGUCUGUCUGCGCCUCAGAUCUUUUUUUUUUAUUAUUCAAAGCAUUCGUUUUUGAAUUUCGUCUCUUUUCUUUAUGGUCAGUGUAAUAUGGAGCAGCCCUGGUGUGUGGGGUUGUUUUUAAACAGGAGACGAGAUGAUUGGGCACACACAUGCGGGAGCACAAACUGACUUGUAAAAAGCUCUCACGAGGACUCGUGAACAAAGCUAUUUUUGUCGACUACUGCCUGCUUUGAUGUGAAGAUUGUUUUUGUUUGGGAUUUCUUUUGUAAAGGUGAUUGAAACUGCGUUAUAUUCUACAGUGUGAUCUUGACUAUAUUUUAUAAUGUAAUGUGUUUAAUAGCUGCUAACUGUCUUGGAGGAUUGCCGGCCUGAAGAAAAUUGAUAGUCUACUGGAAUAGUGUUGUUCUUUGAACAAUAUUAGCAAUGAUUCUUAUGGUUGAUCAUGUCAAUGGAAAUCAUGUAAGGUGAAAGUGCCAGGUAACUUGAUGUAAAUAGUUGACAGAGGACAUUUAGCUGGAUGACACCCCAGACUUCUCAUCAUGAUCUGUGGGCAUUACCCCCCCCUCCCCCCAUCUACACACACAGACACUGUUGUUGAGCAGCAGUAUGUACACAAAGAUACUUUUUAAACAUCGCUUAAGCAGCUUUUAUUGAUUCUGUCCCUUUUGAUUUAAUGUAUAGAGUCGAUUUCAGGAGAGGACAGGAUAAAUGGAGUGCAUUUGGUUGGAGUAGGCAACGGCAAUAUGAGGUCAGAUAUGCUAUACUGUUGGAAAGUGAAAGGUAUCUCUAAAAGAUAAUGAAAUGUGUUGAAUUAGGGGUUUUGUACAUUUUUACCCUUUGUAAAUACACCCAGACGACAGAUAUUUUAUUUAUUAACUUAUUGAACAUUAUUUAUGCAUAUUUGGAGGGGAGGGGGGGGGGGGGGUGUCUGCAUUUUAAAUCCAAACCAAUCCAUAUUGGUCUCAAAGUUUAGUUCAUUUUGGAGAUACUGUCUGCAGAGCUUAGUGACACCAAUACUCCUUGGCAUGUUGUGAGACUCAAGUCAAAAGUCACUUUUAGGAAAAACAUCCUUUCAACACUCUUUUGACUCUUGCAAGAGAGGAAUUUCUACUUCAAUUAUUCUGAACAUUUACUUUAUGAUGGACUUGACUGAGAUGGUCACAAUUUAUAGAAGAAAAUGUAUUGCUCCUUAGCAAGUCCAACCUCUUCAGUGAGAAUGUAUUUACACUGAGGUAUAUUAUAUGUGGUACCUAUCCAAGGUGGGAGACUCUGUUUCAAUGGCCAUGAAUGUCCCUACUUGCUGAUUGUUAGGACAAUCCCCUGGUAAAAUGAAGCAAGCGGUUGUGAAAAAGAGUGAACUCCUUUCUUUCUACUCGUGUAGCUCAAGGGAAUGAGAUGUGCCGCUACCUAGGGGCACAACCAUGAAUAACAGCACACUAUUGGAUUCCUACAGACUUUCUCCUAUUCAAAGUAACUUUUACCAAAUGUACAUUGCCUGGAAGGACUUCCUGUUUAAAGGGUGGCACACAGAGGAAAUGAGGCGUAUCUGUACUAAUUACUCCUAGUGAUAUUAUUCAUAGGAGUAGAGAUCAUUGAGAAUGACAGAGGCCUCUAGUGGCCAAACAGUCAUAUUAGCAUGGGCAGCGCCAUUGAGGGCUUCCACCAUUUCAAUAUAGUCAACUGGGUGGGACUUCCAACUUCAUUGGCUGAUCCCUCCUUGUCACCCUGUUGGCAUCAUGUCCACCCGGGUCAUCAGGAGGGAUCAGCCAAUCCUGAAGAAGAAAAUGUACUACUUAAACAUGGAGAUGCGCUCAUGUUGUCACAGAUGCUAUAAUGCCACAUAUACAAACAUUAGUCCUCGAUCUAUCUCUAUGGUAGGGAUGCACUUUGAAUAAAGCAUCUGAACUUUGACCUGACCUGGUGUUGGUUGGGCUGUGGUAAUUUGUGUUUUGGAAUGCACAAUGUUUAGAGGUUGUGGUACAUUUAAAUCACUGCUUAUGUCCUUUGCGACUUUAGUUUAAAGGGAAUAUAUCAGACAUCAUCUGUCAACCUACAGGGGAUUCUGAGAGACUGUUGCUCAAGGCAAGCCAACCAGCAAAGCACCAUAAUUAUAUUGGCCCUACAGAAAGUAUUAUAUUUCUCUCUCUAUCCACUCCUGAAAGCAGGGGAACACUGUUAAAACACUGUUCAAAUCGUGAUGUUUCACCUGGUGGGUUUACUUCAUAAAUGCAAAAUAACACAUUUAUUGGAGAAGAAAAACGUUGUUUUACAAACUGCUCUGAAUUACUUAUCUUGUGAACACUCGUUUCAUGGACCAAUAGCACAACAUCUCAAAUGCAUAAGU